AUGCACGUCUCCACCGUCCUACUGAUCGUUGCCGCCGCCUUCCUCGGCAGCAGCACCACACUGUCGACUGAGGCGGGCGCUGAUCACCGACUCUUGCGCUCCCACAAGACGCACCACGCUGCUGCUGUUGCUGCAGAAGACGAAGAAGAGCGCGGUUGGUUCGACAGGCUGCCGGAACAGUUCAAGCGGAUGAAGAAAGAGCCCUCGUUUCUGAACCAAACGUUUCACAACUGGCGUAGCGCCUACCGCUCGGUCGAUGACGCUGUCGCUUUCCCAAGGCCUCAAAGAGAGCGACAUCCUGCAUUUCGCGGAGUUGUACAGGGAGUUCCUCAGGACGCACAGAUAUUACUAGACGCCGUAGAGAUGGCCAGCUUUUUCUAG